AUUAUUUAAUUAACCAAAUCAACAGAAAAUUAACAGAAACGGAAGGAAAAACAAGCUUUGAGGACGAAGAAGACGAACCCUUGAACAUUCGAGUCUUUGCGCAAUUCCGAUUUCCGAAUCGGAUCCUUAUAAUUUCUCGUCGAAGACCUGAUUAUAACGUUGCUAUUGAUCGCUCUUAAUUUUCCUCCCUUUGUUGCGAUGCAUUGAGGAGGAGGAGGCGAUAAAAGAUGAUGUUUUGCAGAAACGUCUGCGUGAGACGGAAGAAGAAGAAGAAUCCUGGAUCGGUGCCUGUUUAUCUCAAUGUUUACGAUCUCACCCCUAUGAAUGUUUACGGUUAUUGGCUCGGAAUCGGAAUCUAUCACUCUGGUCUUGAAGUUCAUGGGGUUGAAUAUGGAUACGGGGCACACGAGCAUUCAAGCACAGGAAUCUUCAAAGUGGAGCCAAAGAAGUGUCCUGGCUUCACAUUCAGGAAAUCGAUCCUGGUGGGUGAGACAGAGAUGAAGGCGAAAGAAAUUGGAAGCUUUAUGGAGGAGCUAUCAGAUGAGUACCAGGGGAGCAAGUACCACCUCAUCACAAGGAACUGUAAUCAUUUCUGUAACGAUGUUUGUUUAAAACUAACUCAAAAGUCAAUCCCUAGUUGGGUCAACCGUCUUGCUCGCUUAGGUUUCCUCUGCAAUUGUGUGUUACCGGCUAGCUUGAACGAGAUGAAGGUGAAGCAGGUAGGUAAAGACGGGAAGCUCUUGGAAGUAGGAGAAAGUAAGAAGAAUAAAAAGAAGAAGAAGCAAAAGAAGGCGAGAAGCAGAUCGGGUCCUUUAGCUUCUUCAUCUGAUUCAAGGCUAGAUAAUAAUAAGCCUUCGCAUGCCAGAUCAAUAUCAACCGGUAAUCCUCCUUGUUCUGCUUCUUUUUGUCCUUUGAAGUAACAAAAGAGAUCCAGUUCCCUCCGUUGCAUCUGGAGCUCAAGAUUAGAUAACCCCAAAGACAUGAUUCUUUGUCAUUGUGUGAAAAGCUAAUUAUAUAUAUAUUUGUAUAUGAAGUGAGGGUCCUUGUAUUUUAUUCACAAGUGUUAAUAACGCUUUUGGGUUGGUGUAUUAUUGUUAUAAGGAGAAUCAUCAAAAUCUGCAAAAAAGAGUGUGUGAAUUCGACUUUCCUCUUGUAUGUUUUGGAUGUAAUUUUUUUGAAUAUUUGUACAAAUUACUUUUCUGAAUGUUAUCAUCAUAUUCAAUUAAAAUAAGUUUUUCUUGUUGGUCUUUCUUUUAGAUAUGUUGGUCCUCUGUAAUUUUGAGACAGUACAAGAGUUGCUCUCAAGUCCUAAAGAUUGUACUUAAAAUCGCAGGAGUCUGUGUAUGAUGUGGAAGUGUUCUCUGACCAAUCAGAUAUCUCUGUCACUUUCUUCGCUAAAGUUCAGGUUACUCUGAUUAAAACACCUGAAACAACCCAUGAAAGUACAUACGUACCUUGGAAUAAGCCAGGAAAGUCGAUAACAUGUUUUAGUACGUUACUGAAAUAGUAAAGUUCUUUUUUAACAUUUUACCAAAAAGAAAAAGGAAAGAAAAAGUAAAGUUCUUUUCUACAAAACAAAAGAGAGUUGGAAGUUUUAGUUGGGCCUUAACUAACCCUAAGGGCUUUGCUGUUUCAGAAUCACAUAAGACCCUCCUAUAAAUAGCUUUCAAGGUACAAUCCUCUUUCCCCCAAGCUACAACAAAAACCCUAAUCCGCCGUUUACCUAAAAACUCUCGUUCAUUAGGUUUUGUUUAGACUAGGAUUCGUUGUGAUAAUAUUCGUUUGUAUGCUUCUUAGUCCUUAUGCUCUGUUAUUGGUUACUUCUCAUAAUUGAGCUUAGAUAUAUAUUUUUUUUUUUUGGUUUGAAGCGUUGCAGAAAUCCCUGUGAUGAUUAUUAUGAUUAAAAAUGUUAAAAGUAGUGACUGAUACUUCUUGAUUAAAAACUAUCAGCUCUGAGGGAUUUCUCAACUGCUUCUUUGUUUUAUUUCAUAUGGUUAUCAUUGAGUUUUUGUUUGCUUGAUAUUCAUUUGUGGCCUUAGCUGGAUCCCAGUGACGAUGAAUAAAUAAAAAAUGUUAAAAGUAGUGACUGAUUAAAACCAUGACGAAUAAUCAAAUUCUGAGGGAUCCAAUCCAGCUAUUGUUUUCAUCUUUUUAUGAUAGCAAGAAUGUUGUUCGGUAGGUGUAGUUAUUAAGAUAAGCUUUAUGUGCUGAUGUUCAUAGUGAUGAGUUAUGAUUAUUUGUUUCCUCGAGUUUCAUAAUGAUUUACUGAUUGCUGUUUCUUUAAUCAGUUGUUUGUCAUCUAUUUCAGUUUCCAUUUGUUUUCAAUCUGUUGACCGCAUUGUUAUUAUUAAUUUUUUCCAACAUUAAGUAUUUUCUCUGUUCUGGCCUGCGACAAAUGAAAAUCUGGACUCCACUGGUGUGUAUUUUUAAGCUUCAGUUGUGUCAACACAGUCUGUUAUGGAAGACCAGACCAAGGACUCGGUUGCGUGGCUUGAUCAGAGGAAAGGGUCUGUGCAGAGUCGAGUCCUUAUUGUAGUCACUCGCCCAAUAAAAAUUCUGUUUAAAUACAUUCUUAGUCGUAUGGUUGUAGUAUUGAUCCGAGUGUCGUAUUUAAACGAUGGUUUCCUGUAAUAUUAAGCACUGUAACUACGAGAAAGUAAAUGUACCUUGAACUCGAGAUAAACAUGAAACCAUUCCUAAAUGAUUGCCUUGAAUAAUUGCAACGAAACUAUAUGACAGGAGACAUCUUACCCAUGAACCAAAUUUUUUAAACAAUGUAUAAACAAUAGUACUAUUUUAUCUGCAGCAGUUCUAAAGAAAUGUGACUAUCUGAAUUAUAUAGGGUAGAAAUUCUACUUUCACAGACAUGCCUACAGUCCUGCACAUUGAUGGUAUAUAUAUAUAUAUAUCAAAAUCACUAUUAUCAUGAUAACAGCUAAAUAAUAGAAUGGGCACAAAGAAGAGACUAACUCACAGUGAUGAAUUUCUGUCUGCAUAUUAGAAGAGGAUGCGAUGACGAUGAUGACAACAUGGAUUUUCGUUGUGAAGUAUUGAAGUGUGGUUUGUUCAAAAAAAGUAUUGAAGUGUGAUAGUUUCUAGAUAUAUUAUGCCACAAACUAAAAAGUAAACUACAUAUGAAACGGGCCUUUAGGGCUUCGUUUUUGCUCGACUACAUAAUGGGCCUUGAUCCGAAAGAAAGUUCGUUUUGAAAACUUUCAUAUGGUAAGCCCAGCCUUUUUUACUUGACUAGGGUUUCCUCUUACUAUAAGUCAAGAAAAGGUUAGUCGCCACUUCUUCUCGUUUAGCUUCGCUCCUCCCCAGCUGCAUAACUCACGACUUCAAGAUGCCGUCCCACAAGUCGUUUAUGAUAAAGAAGAAGCUGGCCAAGAAGAUGAGGCAAAACAGGCCUAUUCCCCACUGGAUUCGUCUUCGUACCGACAACACUAUCAGGUACAAUGCCAAGCGCAGGCACUGGCGCAGAACCAAGCUCGGAUUCUAAGUGAAAGCUCAAGACUGUUUGUCUUCUGUUCGAUUUAGCAUUUCCCCAAGUUUUCUUGAUUUUUGUUAUAAAACAUUUUCACAUGUCUGUAAGACUUUUGAUGUUACCAAAUUUUAUCUUUAUAAGAGCUACUUCUUAGCGCUUGCAGUUA